AUGGGUAAGAUUACAAGAAGAACUAGGGAGGUAAAGAAGAAAGAAAGGCAGCCUAUUGUCAAGGUCAAGCUAGGCUAUCCCAUUAUUCCGCAGGUAGAGGAAGGAGAAGUGAUCGACAUAGUCCAUGAGAGAAGCAGAGGAGCGCCGGUGGCAAUUAUAAGUUUUAAGGAGCACGAUAGUAUGGUUCCGGCUUCGGAGGGAAUAUAUACCGGAAAAAAGAUUCUGAUUGGAGACAAUGCACCAGUUGACGUAGGGAACAUCACAAAGAUCAAGAAUGUUCCAGAAGGUAUGGCAGUGAAUUCUGUUGAGACCACCUAUGGAAGCGGGGGGUCUAUUUCCAUGGUAAAUGGAAGCUAUUCUCUUGUGGUCAACCACAGAAAGGAAACCAAUGAAACGGUGAUAAAAAUACCGUCUGGAAAGAAGAUAACCGUAAGUAGCGAAUGCAGAUGCAUUGUGGGAGUUGUUGCUGGAGGAGGAAUCCACGACAAGCCCCUCCUUAAGGCAUCAGUGGCACACUAUAAGGCAAAGGCUCGUGGCCAUGUCUUUCCAAGAGUUAGAGGAGUGGCUAUGAACCCCGUUGAGCAUCUCCACGGAGGAGGUAACCACCAGCAUAUUGGAAAGCCCUCCACGGUUUCAAAGAAAGACAUCUCCCAAGAGCAGAAGAUUGGUCUUGUUGGAGCAAGGCGCACUGGAUACAGGGUUGGAUCCAGGAAGGUUUAG